AUGGCCCAAGAAAUGGCGAUGCAAGAGCUCGCACCAGAAAUACUAGUCCACGUGUUCGAGGCACUUUCCUCAGCUACCGAUAUCGUCAACCUAUCCCUUACCUGUCGAUAUUUCCACACCCUGCUACCAAGCUCACAAAAACUUGUUCUAUUCUACAAUGCAAUUGAUCAAACAAUGGGACCGGCAGAUGAGAUUAUCCAACUUUUAACGUCCAAUGAUAAUCAAUUGCUACAUAUCAAAAGAACUCCACCUUUGUCUUAUACACUUCUCACACAAAUCGCUCAAAUUGGCCGGGUUGGGCAACGCUUCGUCAAUCUCUACCCUACUAUCAAAUGGGCCGGUGACCGUAGCGCCAACCGCCGGUCCCUGAACAAGGAUGAAGCUCGGAGACUCCGUCGAGCUGUCUAUCGUUUCUGGAUGUACUCACAAGCUUUUUAUAAUUCAUCUUCCUACCGAUCUCUUCGUUCUGAAGUUGCGCUCUACGAGCGACUCCAAUUACUGCGGAGCUGGUCCACCUCGGAUCUUCACGACUUUGAAGACUUUCGAGGUAUUCUUGAACAUUUAGUCGCAACAGAGCUUUGCCCCACCGACGGCGAUGUCUUCUCACGCCACCCAGAGGAGUCGCGAUAUGGCAUGCACGCCUGGCACCGUUCAGGGCGCCAGGUUGUUGACCUGGGGUCCAUGUUUCCAGACACGUUUCACACUCACCGCCGGGAAGAUUGCGUUGCAGAUAGUAACAAAUUGUCGAUCCAAGAACUGCGACAUAAGCACAUGCAAGGUUGGGGAUCCGACUUGGACAGUUUCUAUUUGGUCCAAGCGUUCCUCAAACUCACACCGGUCCAGUUAUUGUGGUUGUUCGACCAUGCGGUGUCAAAGGCUGAUGUGGAGCAGUAUGUUGAGAAGCAGACGAACGACAUUUGCUUCCUCGAGAGUGGAUCAUCUCUCUUCCAAGAUUGGGUUACGGUUUUGCAUCAGCGCGGUGGUGAUGUACAGCAAGUCCGAGAGGCGAUCUGGGACGGAGUAGGAGGCAUUGCUGUGGAUUAG